AUGGCAACCUUGUUUAUGGUCAUCUUCUUAAUCAUAAUCCCAAUUCUUCUCAUUUUUCAUCAUCUCCAUAAAACCCACAAACCUCAGAAAAAGCAUCCACCGGGCCCUCCAGGAUUACCAUUCAUCGGAAACUUGCAUCAGUUUGAUGCUGCAAAACCACAUGAGUUCUUAAGGAAUCUUUCCGACAAAUACGGCCCUUUGAUGUCGUUGAAACUCGGGAGCGUCCCUGUUCUCGUAAUUUCAUCUGCAGAAGCAGCUAGAGAAGCCUUGAAAUCCCACGAUCUCAUGUUCUCCGGCCGGCCGGCGCUUACGAGUCACCGGAAGUAUUCGUACGACGGCUUGGACGUGGGUUUCGCGCCAUACGGUGAGCCCUGGAGGGAGAUGAGGAAACUCACCGUCGUUCAUCUCUUAAGUAGCAAAAGGGUUCAAUCGUUUCGCCCGAUUCUCGAAGAGGAAGUUUCCACUUUGAUCAAAGGAAUUUCAGACCAUUCUUCUGAUGAUGAGGUUAUUAACUUGAGUUCAAUGGUGAUGAAUCUGACUAACACCGUCAUAUGUCGGAUUGCCUUUGGGAAGAAGUAUGAUGAGGAUGGAGAUCAUGAGAAGAGGAAGAGAUUUGAUCGGAUUUUGCUUGAAUGUCAGGCUAUGUUUGCCGGGUUUUUCGUGUCGGAUUACCUUCCUUCUUUAAGGUGGAUUGAUAAGUUAUCCGGAAUGUUGGCUCGUCUUGAGAAGAGCUUCUUGGAUCUAGAUUUGUUUUAUCAAGAACUCAUUGAAGAUCAUCUCAAUCCCAAUAGGCCGGAUUCAAUGAAGGAUGAUGUUCUUGAUCUCAUGAUUCAGAUCAAAGAGAAACAGUUGUUGCCCUUUGAUUUAACUUGGGAUCGCAUCAAGGCUAUGCUCAUGGACAUAUUUGUGGCUGGAACUGACACGAGUGCAGCUGUUAUUAUAUGGGCAAUGACAGCCUUGAUGCAGAAUCCUUCUAUUAUGAAAAGGGUGCAAGCUGAAAUUAGAGAUUUAGUUGAAAAGAGAGGAGUAAUAGACGAAGGAGUAAUUCAAGAUUUAUCUUACUUGGACGCGGUAAUAAAAGAAACAUUCAGAUUAUAUCCUCCGAUGCCUGUCAUUAUGCCAAGAGAAACUACACAAGACUUUAGCAUAGAAGGCUUCGAUAUUGAAGCGAAAACCAUGGUUUUCAUCAAUGCAUGGGCGAUCUCUAGAGAUCCUCGAAAUUGGGAGAAUCCAGAGGAUUUCAUUCCGGAGAGAUUUUUCAAUAGUAAUGUUGAUGUCAAAGGAAAUGAUUUUCAACUGAUUCCAUUCGGAGCAGGAAGAAGAGGGUGCCCCGGAAUCUCACAGGGGCUGUCAACUGUGAAAGUUACGCUUGCGAAUCUUCUUUACUCUUUUGAUUGGGAGCUGCCAUUGGGAAUGAAACUAGAAGACAUUAACACUGAUAUAUUACCGGGAAUAACCAUGCAUAAGAAAAUCCCUCUUUGCCUUAUGGCAAAGAAGUCAUUUGAGGACAAGGGAUUUUGGAUCCUGAAGGGCGGUGGCCAUUUAAGUGAUAGUGAAACAGUUUUUGGUAACACCUCUAGAAUUGAAAACAAGCGUGCCCACAAUUGGCUGAUUGAUUCCGAGAACCCAGAGUUAUUCACUAGCAAAAAGCAAGCUGUUCACAUUCCAGUUAGCAAGGAAAGUUCGGACCUCCCCGUGGCUGGUACUCUCGGUUGGGAGAUGAACUCUGACUUCCAAUCAACUCCAAGUCAAUUUAUUGACCGGUUAUUUAGUUCAGACGAAAAUGUUCCUGUUAACUUUUCUGGUGAAGAUAUCUCUCCAGUGGUCAUGGAAGACUCCAACAAUAGGAGAAAAGUCGUCCAUGAAGAAUUUAGAGACAAUUCAUCUGUUGGUUUGUCAAUGUCUUAUCCUUUUGAUGAUACAGAAACAUGUGUCAGCUAUGGUGGAAUUAAGAAAGUUAAAGUAAAUCAGGUUAAAGACUCCGAAAAGGGUUUUCAUGCAACAAUGCAACAACAAAAUAUUGGAAUGCCCUUGAAUCAUGCAUAUAGCAGGCAAACUGAAGCAAGUCUAAUUUCAAUGGAGCAAACAUAUGGUAAGGAAAGAGAAAAUGGGACUUUGAUGGGUCAUUCUCACCAUAGAAUUGAUGUUAGCUUAAGACAAUUGGAUUCCAACUUCGUUAAAGAUGAUGAGAAUGCCAUGUCACUUGGCACCAGCUUUAGUAAGGGCGAUUCUACUACUAUUUCUUUUGGCAGCUAUCCAGACGAAUCUUUCAUUGAUGCUCUUGCGAGGCCUGUGAGCAGUUAUGAGCUGUUAUAUAAUCACUCUUCCCUUCAAAAAGUGGAAACACAUUCUGGAAAGCAAUUGGAUGGCUCAAAUGGGGCUCCAAUUCUGCCCACCUCCCAGACGACAACCAAAUCAAAACCUGAACCAGUGGCAAAAACCAAACCAGAGCCUAAACCAGCCAGAAAAGAAGCUCCAAACACUUUCCCUUCCAAUGUCAGAAGUUUGAUAGCAACUGGGAUGCUUGAUGGUGUUCCUGUAAAAUACUUGUCCGCAUCACGUGAGGAGCUUCGUGGUAUGAUAAAGGGUUCAGGGUAUCUUUGCGGUUGUCAAUCUUGUAACUACUCCAAGGCUCUUAAUGCUUACGAAUUCGAGCGCCAUGCUGGUUGUAAGACAAAGCACCCAAACAAUCACAUAUAUUUUGAGAAUGGAAAGACAAUAUAUCAGAUUGUCCAAGAAUUAAGGAGCACACCAGAAAGUAUGUUAUUUGAUGUCAUUCAGACAGUAACAGGUUCUCCAAUCAAUCAAAAAGCUUUCCGCAUCUGGAAAGAAUCAUUCCAAGCCGCCACUCGUGAGCUUCAGCGUAUUUAUGGAAAGGAGGAACACAAUCUAUGAAAAUGUUUAUUCAGGAAAAGGGGUUUUACAUUCAAAACCUUCUCUGUGCAUAGAGGUAUAUACCCUUUAAAUUAGUAGGAAACUAGGAAUGCUGGAGUGAGGUUGAUUUUGUAAGUGUUGAUGGUAGUGGUUGUAUAUGUAGGAAUUGGCUCUUCCUCUAUAAUCAGCUUGUUGAUUCUUGGAUUAGAUGUAAUCAGUGACCAUGUAGGUAGCAUUUUGAAACCUGUGCUCUGGUGGUCAUGUAUUUUGAUUAUCUCAAGUUGAUUAUACAGAUCAACCAGCCUUCCAGACAUUACUGGUUUGCUUCUUGUUAUCGUGUGUAUUUUGAUUGAUUUUAUCUGAAGUUGAUUAUACAGAUCAACCAGCUUUCCAGGCAUUACUGGUUUGCUUCUUUUUAUCGUAUGAUGUCAGAAAGAACAGAAAUACACAAAUUUGAAACAAUAAAGUAUUCGCGGUGAGCAACAGAAAUUUCAGGAUCAGUAAGAAAACUUAAUCACACACUAACAAUAUAAUCUCUCUUCUGAAAGAAUGAAAAAUGAUAAAAUUACAUCUCCAAAGGGUUUUUGUCACAAUUAGUUUUUCUCCUGUUUUCUCGUUCCAAUAUAGUAGCACCUGGCGCCACAUCUACGCAGCUGCCUGCCUACUCAAGAACCGCAACAUGCAGAUUUUUGGGGUUGAUCUUGCCCAUUAGAAGGACCCGGUUGAUUAAUUAUGAGUGUUUUAGCCUACAAUUGAGAACCAAAUCAAAUUAGUCCAUUUAUAUUUAUUUAAAAGUGCUUCAAAUAAUUGUGGAUGACUUACCUCUGCCUUUGAGUCUGUGUCGGAGAGCCUCUGCUUGAUGUCCCUAGCUAUUGAAAAGAAGACUUGUUCCACAUUGAGAUUUGUUUUUGCACUCUGCAAUGUAGAGCAUCAUCAAAACAGAGAUAAACACAAUACAAAAUAUCCCUUCCUGUACACAUAUCAGGUAAGAACCAACUUACCGUCUCAAAAAACUUGAUACCAUAUUCAUCAGCAAGAGCUUGACCUUUAGAGGUAGGGACAGCCUACACAAAAUUCAAUUCUUUUCAGACUGUAGCCCAUGUGCACAGAAUCACAAAACUAUGCCGAAGAAGAAUCUAUAAAUACGUUCAAACAAGUAUGCAAAAUCCAGUAUCUUCUCUUUCUCACAAUUACAUAAAAUCACAUCAGAAAUAUAAAAGAAAGUGUACCCUUUUGCUUUCGUCCAUAUCAGCCUUAUUCCCAACCAAAAUCUUGUUCACGUUGUCAGAGGCAUGUUGUUCAAUAUUGCGGAUCCAGUUCCUAAUAUCUGAUUAAAGGUUCAUGAAAAACUAGAAUCCAUCAGCAAAACAAACCACCAAUUAU